UCUUUAGAAGGAUUUCCCACGGAAAUGUUCGAAGGAAUCGGACCGGUUAGUGAAGGCAAGUGCAAAUUUCAGCCAAGGCGCGUAAUCACAUGGAGACGACGACGGAUAAUUCCGUCGCUGUGCUUGAAACAUUACGAGCGAGAGGAUGGAGUUUCGGCGAUUUGGACGAAGUUAGGGGCGUAAUCAUGAUCAGUAGCGCCUUGGCCGAUGAUCCGAGCUCGGUGGUUGAUUCGGUGGAGUUGGAGCUCUUAAACAUGGACCUCAGGUCAUUUGGGGGCAAGUCAUUGCCUGAACCUUCUCUUCUUCGCAAGUCUUCUCGUAUUCUCGGCCCUAUUGUUCUCCAGAUAUCAUCUGUAAGAGACAUAUCGCGAAGCAGCCUAGAUGGUAUGUUGAAGGCUUCUAGUGGUCACCGUCUCCUACGGUUCGGUCUCAGUGAUGGACACUCUGAGAUUACUGCUAUAGAGUAUUCUCAUAUACCAUCUGUUCUUGAAGAUAUUCCUCCUGGCACCAAGGUCCGUCUGGAAAAUAAAUCUCCUGUGUAUGGUGGAAUUGUAUGUUUAAGUUCAAAGGGGUUAACUGUGCUUGGAGGUAUGGUUCCAACACUUUAUGAAGAAUGGAAAAUGAACCAAAAAUACUCUGGUUUAUCUCGUGCAUCUGUAAGGUUAUCUCAAGGAGGAGAUGUCGAUGGUCCUCCUCCAUUUGAGAAGUUGCAAGUUGGGGCUCCACGUAAAUUUAGUCAGAAGGAAAAAUCUUCAUAUCAACAGGAGUCGUCCUCAAAGAGCAACACGCCGACUGCUGAUUCAGGGAAUAUUGGAAGUAAAUCAACUACAUUGCAGCAAAGUAUAGAUGUGAAAGCUACCAAUUCUGUCAAUUCUGCUUCCGGUGUAGAAAAGCUUGAAGAAAAACCUAGUAGCUCUGAAACAAGACCAAAGGAAGUUGUGGAAGCUGUUCCUGUUCAAAAUCAGGCCGCCUCUCAGAAACUACUCCACAAAAUGAGUCAACAAGAUGGAAACCAUCGGCAUUUCAAUAAUAGAAAGCACAGGGGAAAGGGCAGAAUGGAAGAUCCGGUGGUCUAUACUCUAGAAGAAUAUGAAAGGAGAAAAUCUGGGACAAAUCAAAUACCAAAAAAUGCAUCUUCCUAUACGAGUCAUGAUGAGCAACUUGCAUGGCAGCUUCAAAAUCAAUUUGAUUUGGAAGAUUCUCAUGUACAAGAGAGCGCAAGCAGAGCGAAUGCGGAACAUUUAAGAAUGAGCAUUUUCAACUACGAAAGAGAUACAUACACAGCACAUGAUGGUGGGAGAGGAAGGGGAAGGGGAGGAGGAAGAGGGAGGAGAGGAAGAGGACGGGGAAGAGGAAGGUAUUUUUGAGAAUCUCACCAUCCACACAAAUGUUUUAUCUUCAAUUCUUCAUAUUUCAUGAUGAAUUCUCAAGUUCUGUUAUUAGGCUGGGCUCUAACUUGUUUGUUUGAGCAUUUUGUUGCUAAGUUUUUGCUUAGGUUUAGAGAACUGGUGAAUAGCCAUAAUUUUGUUAAUUUAGUUGGAUUACCUAUUUGGAUUGGUACCUACUCAUGAUAGUUCAACCAGUGAAGUUCAAAUGAUGUAAGAUAUCAUUUUGGUUUUUUUUUUGUUUGUGAAACAGAUGUCAUUUUGGAUUUGAAUGGGCCAACUUGUGCGUACAGCUUUAUUUGGUUGUACAUUUGUUAAUAAAGAGAGAGUUGCAUGGUUGCUUCA